AUGAGUGACUAUUAUCGUUCGGUGAUUGACCAUUUAUUGGAAUCUAAAAACGAGACGGAAAUUAGGUCCGAAAUAGACAAAAGUGAACAAGAUAAUGAUUCGCAAGCAUCCACUCCGUCGUGCGUCUCGAAGAUGGAUUAUACACUGCCGAAAUAUCGGAAUAACGUAAGUCCCGCGAUCGACAAGAUCAUGCGAAUGAUGAACAUGCCGAGUUUGAUAACGUCUGAGGACUUGUCCAGCGACUCGCUAACAUCGAAGAAUCGCAUUCCCUCGCCUAAUUUUUAUUGCGGCGAUAACAGCAACGUCAUAAUUCCUAUCAAGGCUAAGAAAUGUUUGGAUAUAUGCUUCUCGAGUCCAAAGCCGUUUGUCAGCACUUGUAAAAAAUACAGCACAGCGGAGGAUCGCAUGUUGUUCCAGGACGCACAAAAACCGCAAUUGCAAGAAAUGAUCGAACAGCUUUCGAAUAGCGAGUUAGAAGAUUCUUCAAGUUACGAGGAGAAAAUAUAUGUAUCCGAGGUGACUUUCUUACUAAUGGCAUCCAACAGGAAUCGAAGAAUAAGAAACAAUGUGCUUCAACCAUCACGAACCAAUUCUAGAGAUAGCGGUUUUAGUGAACUUAUGUAGUUCGUGGAAAUGACUCGAGAAAAUUGAAAAUGAUCGC